CAACUUAUUUGCAACCGCCGUCACUGUUGACUUGAUUUCCCAAGGUUGCGCGUAGUUCUGUGUCCUGUGCUCACUAUCGGUCCCUUUUUUAUGCGUGUUGUGUUUUAUCAAUUCAUCUGUGCACAUCUUUCAUUCUGCCCUUCCAUUGUCACUUGUUGCAUCUUAACUGGGCCAUGGCUAUCCACAAUUCUCUACGUCUAUAUAUUAGCAUCGAUACUUUCACAAUUGAACCAGUAUUUAAUGAUCCUUCAGUUGUCACAGAAAACAUUGUGAUCCAACGCUCUAAUGGCCAAGUCCGUUUGAACGCCCCUGCUGGAAGAGUCCCUGCAGAUGAGGAAGUCAUGUCGAUCUAUGGUAUCCUUGGGAUUAUACGAUUGUUGGCUGGCGAGUACAUGAUCGUGGUUACAGAUAGACAAAGAGUCGGUCAAAUUGGUGAACACGACAUUUUUAAGCUCAAAGAAUACAAGAUCAUGCCAUUCUCGCGUAACAACCUAGCACUCUCUGAGGCUCAGACUGGUGAGGAGGCGUCAUAUAUUUCUCUAUUACAUUCACAUCUACAAUCAGCAAAGCUUCAUUUCGCAUACACCUAUGAUCUAACACACACGCUUCAGCGGCAGGCUGAGCUCCGGGGCAAUAUACAGCCUAUGUGGGAACGAGCGGAUGAGAGGUUCUUCUGGAACUAUCGUCUUCAAUCAAAAUUUAUAGAUCACACUCGCAGACACAAAGACCAAGAUUUGGGCAACUUCAUCCUGCCAAUCAUCAACGGCUUUGUGGAUAUUAAAGAAGUUGAAAUCAACAGAAAACCUUUUACUUUUGUAUUAAUUUCGAGGCGAUCGCGUCACCGCGCUGGUACUCGCUACUUUUCACGAGGCGUGGACAUUCAUGGAAAUGUCUCCAAUUUUAAUGAGUCGGAACAAAUUGUUGUAGUGGACACCGCUGCCCAGUCGACAAUACCAACCGCUGUUAGGAACCACAUAAUGCUCUCUCAUGUUCAGACUCGCGGAUCAAUUCCUAUCUUUUGGACUCAAAUUAAUAACAUCCAGUACACGCCAAAACUUCAGAUCUUUAAUGAUCCGCAGACUGGAAAUGCUUUUCGACGACAUUUUGAGGCACAAAAAAGGUACUAUGGGACUCAACUUGUUAUCAACCUCAUCAACAAAAAGGGAUACGAAGAGCCCAUGGGAACAACCUUUUCGAAGCAGAUAGAUAUUUUGAGUGACCCCGACAUCAAGUAUUACCAUUUUGAUUUUCACCAUGAGUGCAGCAAGAUGAGAUGGCACCGAGUAUCGCUUUUAUUGGACCAUUACCAUGAGGAUUUGGUAGCACAGGGAUACUUUAAAGCCGAGGCUAACAGGCACAUGAUACAGAGAGUAUAUCAUCGCCAGUCGUCCGUCGUCCGUACCAACUGUAUGGAUUGUCUGGACAGAACAAAUGUUGUUCAGUCGGUUAUAUCCCGAUGGGUGCUGAAUCGUCAGUUACAAGAUGUUGGUAUCCUCGCUGUAGGAGAGCAAUUUGAGACAUUUAAACAAUUCGAGUCCGUCUUUCGGGAUGUAUGGGCUGACAAUGCCGAUAUUAUCAGUUGUGCGUACUCAGGGACAGGAGCCCUCAAAACAGAUUUUACAAGGACUGGGAAGCGCACGAAGGUUGGUGCUCUCUAUGAUUUGCAGAACUCAAUUGUUCGCUACAUCAAAAAUAACUUUUUGGACGGAUCGCGCCAGGAUGCCUAUGAUCUUUUCUUGUCAUACGAUGUUCAUGAGAAUGGAUCGUAUCCACUCAUCGACGAUCGUCCACUCCAUUUCAAGCUCAUGCCUCUUGGUCUUAUUAUUGGCUUUGCCAUGCUGGUGUCCUGCGCCAUUAUUCCAGAAAGUUUUUUCAGCACACAUGUACUAGCUUUUGCUUCUUUUUGGGUUGCUGUGAUAGUGUAUAUCAUCCAUUUCAUUUUAGCAAACGGAGUCUAUUAUGUUAAUUGGCCGCGGUUAGUUCCACUAGGCUAUGACCUUGCGGCGAUGACUCGAAAUCAUACAUUCGAAUCGGAUACAACGCUGGGUACCGCCGAGGUUGAGCUCGGAUGGAAAAAUGAAUAGACGAGUAUCUAUUAGACAAGCUAUGCCUCAUCAACUUCAUUAAAGUAGUGCUGCUAAUCUUAAAU